CCAGUGGAUCAGAUGACGACGACCGCCGAAUAGAUGUCUGAGGUUGACGAGGUCUCAGAAGGAGAAAGCGGCAAGUGGUGCGGGGUGAGGCCGGACCCGGCGCAGAAGAAAUGGCGCAAAUGCUACCACUUCCAGAUGGUCGUCCUCCCCUUCAUCCCCAUCGUCGCCGUCAUCCUCCAGACCGCCCUCAGCCUCUCCCAGAUCCUCCACUACAGGCUCAGCGUCGCCGAGGUCGACACCCAAGUAACGAUAGCAACCGAACUUGGAAAAGUCGUUACAAACAUGCAACUUGAAAGGUCUGAAGUUGCAUUUUUCAUCUUCACCAACGGGCAUUUCUUCAGAACGAAUCUGACAGAGAGAUUUGCUAUAACGGACAUCGCCUUGGACCGGCUGAGCACCUGGCCGCAAGUUGUGGUCCAGACCUCCACGGCCCAGAACUUGGUCUUUCGGGACAGCACUUCCUUCAGGCGAAGUCUGGAUCUCUUCAGGCAAAAUAUCAGCAGCGAAGACUCUACCAUCAGGGAUGUCUUGCACUGGUACAACUCGGUCAACGCGGCCAUGUUGGCCCACCUGACAGAUCAAAUCAAGGAAACCGACAAUAGUGGUGUCUGGAGGUACCUGAUUGCGUUCAAGAACUUGCUGCGUAGCAUCGAACACAUCGGGAUAUCGAUGGUGAGCGGCAUCAACUACUUCGCCAGGGGCAACCUCCCGCAGGACACUUACAUCGGAUUCGUCAAGGACACGGUCAUCAGCCAGGACCUGCUCAACGGGGCCUUCACCUACUGGCCCAGGCUGAAGACUCUCUACCAGAACCUCACCGCUCAGAUGCCCAGUUACGAGCUCAUCAAGCGGAACCGCCAAAAAAUUUUGAAGAAUCAAAACCAAAAAGCAAGCGUAGAAGAAGCCAAAACCUACUUCGACAUGAUGGCCCAGUACGCUGACGAGCUGAGGAAACUGCAGAAGACUGUAAGGAUUCAGAUCAGGGAUUACGUCAACUCUGACCUCCGAGACGCCAAUAGACAAGAAGCAGUCGGUAUCACAAUCUUAGUGAUAGUGUUAUUAGUGUCACCAAUCAUAAUCGUAUUAGUGAGGAACGCUGUGGAUACCAUUCAGAUGUACGCUUCCCACCUGGCAGAGAAGGCGAGCGAAUUAAAAAUGGAAAAGCACAGAAGCGACACACUCCUCUACCAGAUGCUGCCACCCAGCGUGGCCCAGACACUAAAGCACACCCAACAUGUACCAGCGGAGUAUUACGAGCAAGUGACCGUUUAUUUUAGCGAUAUCGUUGGGUUCACCCAGAUAGCGGCAGUUAGCACCCCACUUGAGGUGGUUAUAUUCUUGAACAGAGUAUACAAAUUAUUCGACGCUCUCAUUGAAAAGUAUGACGUCUACAAAGUCGAGACUAUUGGAGACUCCUAUAUGGUCGCCUCUGGGCUUCCGGUCAAGAAUGGUAAGCGGCACGUCUCCGAGAUCGCUACGAUGGCCCUGGACCUGCUGGAGGGGUCGACCCUCUUCCUGAUCCCCCACCGGCCCACCGAGCGGCUGCAGAUCCGGAGCGGGGUCCACACCGGCCCGGUGGUGGCCGGCAUCGUCGGCACCAAGAUGCCCAGGUACUGCCUCUUCGGGGACACCGUCAACACCGCCUCCAGGAUGGAGUCCACUGGCGAAGCAUUAAAAAUUCACAUAAGUUUGGAAAUGAAAAAAGCCCUGGACGAAGUAGGUGGUUUCAAAACGGAGCAUAGAGGAUUUGUGGACAUUAAGGGGAAAGGAGUGCUGGAUACUUACUGGUUGGUGAGUAAGGAAGGAGGACUAAAGAGGAACAUAGAGAAAGAACUUCGAGAAUGCACGGACAACCACGAACCAGUCUACCUAAGGAAGUUCCGCCAAUAAUUUGUCCUUCAUUACGAUUUAAUAUUACCCGAUAACAUUCCUUUUUAUAUCCUUAAAAUUAGGUUUUUAUCACUGUAUCAUUUGAAAUUGUACGAAUUAUCGAACUGCCUUGUUAGACACUAAAGCCUAUAUUGAAGAGCUUUAUUUGAAUAAUUUGAAAAAAAAAUAAUUAUCUUCGGAUCAGUAAGCUUAGUAAAAUAAAAUAAAAAAAAGUUAAUCUGGCCGAUUUAAAUGAUAAAAUAUUUUAUAAUUAAGAAAACAAUUUAUAUUUGAAAAAUAUACAAUAAUUUUGGACAAAUAACAUAAAACGCUUGACAAAAUUUAAAGACUUGCUCUCCAUAAUUUCAAAAGGCCUAAGAGCGACCAAAGUUAUGAUUUUAAUUAAUCUAAAGGUGAUAUUUGUUUUUAAACUUUAGGAGAAACGAUUUUGGGAUUAAUAUGAUUAUUUAAUUGGAAAUCAAUGAAAAUAAUUAAUUAUGACCAAAACGCUUCCACCAGAUUUAAUUUUGAAUAUUAGCUAUAUAGGGUUUAAAAGUUAGAAAGAUGUCUAAAGGGCAUUUUGAGAAUUUAUAUCAACCGAAAAAAAAAAAAAAUGUAGCUUAUCUUAUUUCAAUGCUCACAAUAAAAAGAAUUGAAAAUUGAUUUAAGAUAAUGUAUUUAAAUAAUUUGAUAAUAUGUACAAUAACCGCAUUGCUACAAACUCAACAAGACAAGACCAAUUUAGUGAUUAAAUUUAUGUUUUAAUCAGCUAAAGAUCUCUACAUUAUAUAUGUAUAUAUAUUUAUCAUUAUCGUGGUUGGUAAUCUUAAAUGAACAAAAAAAAAUCUAUCAUUUACAAUAUUCUGCAAAAGUUUAAUAAGUUUAUAAAGAAAUGUAUUAUAAGUUUAUUUUAAUAUAUAUUUUAUUUUUAGAUUUUGUUACAGGAAGCGGUAAAUUAUUCGAUGAUAACAUAUUGAGGAAAAUUGAAGUUUCUGUACGAAUACAAUCAGAAUAAAAUUAAUAAUUUAAUAAUAGACAUUUUAAAACAUAUUAAAUAAUUUUAUUGAAUUUUAUCUCGCUUAGUUAAUAUUUAGCAUAAAAUAUUACAAUUGAUGCAAUUAAUAGACAAGAUUUUUUUUUCUGUUAACAUUACAGACCAUGUAGUUUUUGCCGGCUUAACAAGGCUAAUCCAUCUUUCUAUUUAUUUCUUUUAUUCUAUCUAUCUGCUUGUUGGCCUUCCCCGUGGUCUUUUGCCUUCUAUGGAGGCAUUCAUUGUUACGUAGAGGCUUCCAGAUGGAUUUCUACGAGCUACAUACCCCACCCAUCUUAACCUCCGUCCCUUCAUAUCAUGGUGUAUCGAUUGACCAGUUUCCGUAAGCAUUUCCUUAUCGGUCUUUCUUCUCCGUGUAUUAAUACUCUGAUCCUAGAUUGCUCCGAUUAUCGUGCGGAAGAUCUUUCUCUCAAAUCAUUCAACACAUUUUUCUAGGAUGCUGGUUAGUGUCCAGAUCUCACAGCCAUUUAUUAGAACUGACUUUAUCAUAGCAUUUUACACCCUUAAUUUGAUAUUUCUUAAAAAAUUUCGGGAUUUCAAUAUCUAUGAGAGGGAGAAUAAAGCUCUGUUUGCGCUAAUUAUAGGCUGAUUUAUUUCUGUCCGUUGGUCAUUCAUUGAGGUUAUUGUGGAACCGAGGUAUUUGAAUUUUUCUACUCUCGGGAAUGAUUUUCCUUCUAAGCAGAUCCAGUUAUUUGGGUGGUAUUUUCAGCCUAUUAUCAUAUAUUUUGUUUUAUCUUCAUUUAUUUCUAGGCCAAUCUGCUCUGCCUCUCUUAUCUUAGUGAGUUUCUCAAUGCCCUCUUGAUUACUUCAAAGGAUAGCUAUUUCAUCUCUAUAUAGUUAAUACAGUGUACGAAUAGGUAUAUAUAUUCGAAAAUAAUUAACAAUUAAAAUUAGUUUUCAGAAAAAAUAAAGCGUUUUUUAUUUUCUCUAUUCCGAGAAUAGUUUGUUUUAGCUCCAUCGCAGUACUAAUUCUCGUUAUCGAAUGCUUUGAUUUCAAACAUUUUUUCUCCUGAAUCACCUUUGUAACUCUAUGCAUCUGAUAUUGUAAAAGCGCAAAUGGCUAAUAAAUCAUAUAAUUUACACAAAUUCGUAAAAACAAAUCAUAGAUUUUUUCAAUAUAUUUAUUAUUGAAGUGACUUUUGUUGUCAAGAGUCCGAAUCUUGUUUUAAAUAUUCCGAAUUUGAAGAGUGCACUGUAAUAAUAAAUGAAAUAUAUAACUUUAGGCGUAAAAAUUGAAAAAAUUACUGUCAAUUAUAAAAUAAUUGGCUGAAAUUAAAAAAAAAAUGAAUUUCGACCUUUAUAAAAUGUAAAUGAAUGUCGGUUGAUGGUUGACGGUCGUGAAUAAUGAAGAGACGGAUGGUUGGGGUGAUCAGUCAGAAAUAAAAUGGCAAAAAUAAAUAAUAAUAUUUAUUUAACAUUUGCCGACGUUUCGACCUGAAGUUCUGCCCUUCAUCAGGGCUGUUCCAAGAGAUUGCUUGAAUAGAGUAUGACUCUAUUAUAUAGAUAAUAUUAUUACUUAUUUUUGCUAAAAUGUAAAUAAUUUUCAUCGAUUUUGUGAAAUUAAACCGUUCUUAAUAAUAGUUUAUUGUGUGAUGUUAUUUUCGGUUUCAAAAUCUUUGUAAAUUUUAUUUAUUUAUUAAUUAAACGAUAAUUGACAGGAUCUUAUGCACAUACUUCCUAUUUAUACACAC